AUGAACCAAAGUCAUAACACUAACUCAAGCUCGGACUCCAAUCAAACAACCCAUGAAGAUGAGAUUAAAUUUAAUCAGGCAUAUAAGCAGGUUAUUAUUUACCUUUUCCGUUCCUCUAAUCUGAGUCCAAAAGUACAAUAUCAAAUUAUUGCCGACCUCUCCGACGAGCGCUUAGGGGUCAAGGAGAUUAAGGCCGUUAUAGACCCAAUUGAGCUAAAGGAUACGGAUGUGAAUAAGUGCUGCGAGAAAGUUUUCCGGAAAGCCAAGGAAAAAGGCUAUGACGUUGUCACUCGAUUCGUACCUCCAUACUGCUCGACUGUAACUUUCUACAGUGACUCAAUCGGAUUUGUUACAGUUUCAAGGCUUGGGGCGGACUUUGACCCAACUUCGACACGCAUAUCGGAGAGUAACUCAAAAUCUAGCCGAGAUUCAACAAGCGCAGCCGACUCUACUCAAAAUCCAACACACAAAGACCAGGAUAAAGGCUAUUACGUUACUACAGGGGCAAUCAAAACGCUCACAGCAGCCUAUUUUGACGCAACACAAAUCAGCCAAGCCAGAGAGGUGUCAUGGUCAGGGACUGUUAGAGAUCCCCGCGAUAAAGCGGCACAUGAAAGAGCGCUUGAAGAGUACAAAAAAAAUGUCGAGGACUACAACAAACAUAAUCCAAGGGCGCCAGAGCCUAUAGGCCGCAACAUGAUUUACAUCCGACUGGAAGAAGACGGUUUACCAGUAGGCGUACAAACCAUCCAAAAAUGCGAGGAGGAGGAGGAACCUCUUAGUACCAAGUCAAACCUUGUCGCGUUUAUUUAUCAGGCAUGCGUACGGUUCUGCUAUACAUUGAUGUAUCAGCUCCGUAUCCUGCUUCACAAAUUGCUUGUUACUAGCAAAGUUGACUUCCGCCACGGUCCUGCUGCGGUGAGGAACGACUUCCUCUUCAACACCCAUAAUGGCAAAUAUGCGCAGCGGGUGCGCGUCGUGGACGGUGAAUUAUCCGCCUGUCUGAACCGCAUAGGCCGAGCAGUUGCAAGCUCAAACCUUACGGCUUUCAAUGGCAUUGUGUCGGCUUCAAUUGCACUAUUCAGCUCCGCGACGGCUCGCAGCGAGCUUAAUUAUACGGGGCUCAUUGUUGCCGGCUCACUUCUUAUAACCCUUCUUUUUUGGCAAAUGAUUUGGACACGGCUGAUAACAUCAACUGCAUACGAGAAUAUUGCGUUUAAUGACUUUAGGGUGCGAAAAGUUCAUGAGGCUGCUGCAUUAUUCGGAAUGAAUCCAUACUACUUGGAAUUGUUCCUGGCUGUUAUAUCUCCACAGAGAAGCAUCCGUGCCCAUGGAUUCCAUAACUCGUAUAUAGACAUUUCGAAAACCGGAGUCCUUGAAGUGUCUAACUCUAAAGCUAUGUCGUCAGAAAUUUUAUAUCACGCGGGAUAUAUUACAACCGAGCUAAAGGAGUCGUCCACAAUCGCAACUUGGGUUCCGUAUGAUACCCAUCGCAUUGUUUACCCGUCCAAUGACAAAGUCCGAAAGUUAUCGAUAGUUGAUGGCUUUAUUCAUUUAUACAGUUCCCGUAUAUCUGCGAUUGAAGAUCUUAGCUAUCAGCAAGGCUACCAGGGGGGUGACCGCUCGCUGGAUGACUUGAUGGACCUGCUACCACUGGAUGAGCAACUCCCUGCAGACGUCAAGACGUGGCGACACCUGCAGACGUGGCUCAGAGACAGAGACAAGACGAAAGAAAAGUUUAGCAACAAACCGAAUUUCUUCUUUCAAUGCGACGGAAAUUACCUCGACAUGCCAAAAAGGCUUUACCUGUAUGGUAACGGAAGGAAUUUUGCCGUGGGGUAG